AUGGGGCAGACUAGAUUAGUCCCACCAGUCCUAUCACAACUGCUUGGUGGACUUGGUCUUUACUUCCUAUUUACAGCAUAUUUAACAAUAUUACUAUAUUGGGCUGGUCUAUACCAUCAUAUGUUCGCAACCAGGAUGGACUUUACAUUCAACCCAACGAUAAAGAGGAUAUUCCUGGCGAUAAGUGGAACUUGGUUGGCAUUUGAGAUAAGUGUGAGGGUCGUGUAUGGAUUGCAGAUGAUGAAUGGACGUCAUGACCUACCAGUGGACCUGAUAGACUCGAUAUACAACAUCUACAUCUGUGUGAUUGGUCUAGCAUUCUCACUAUUCUUCAUGAUCUACGGUGGAUUGAUAUUCUAUCAAGUGCGCACAUCAAAGUUCCAUAAGAAGACCAAAGAACGAGCAAUACGCAAGCUGACGUUCGUGAUCACUAUCCUGUCGUGGACAUUCCUUGUGGCCAUCAUUAUAUUGAUCGUCAUUGUGCUGUUCAAUGGCAUGCGUACACCCAUUGGUGCCAUCUUUGGUCUCAGUGCCCAGUUCACAAUGGAGUCAGUUCUGAUGAUCGAGAUGUUCUAUGUCCUCAAGAAGAGUAACCAUGAGAAGUAA